CACUACCGUAGCUUUAGAAUCUAAAGUUCUAAAGUUUAGACUUACAGUUAUUUGAACCUUUUUCGAGCUAUAUUUUUAAUAAACUUUUAAUAAGCUACCAUAAGGUUAAUAAAGCAAAAAUAUAGAAAAUGUUCGUGAAAAUAAAACUCGAAAACGAGGUUGAUGGGAAGCCCCACAUCUUCGAGUUGGUUGAUACUGCUACAAUUUUGGAUUUGAAAGCGAAAAUGGAACGUAUUGUGAACAUUGCUAUUGACCAUCAAGAGAUCAGAAGCUUAUCAAGGUGGAUGCAAAACGGCGAGAAGCUCUCCACAUUGCUGCUCGAUCAGGAGCACGAUAAGGAUCCCGCGAAGAAUGGGGCGGCUAUUUCGCUACUUAAUCAAGGCGAAUUUGUGUGUUUCCUACAAUUUUACAGUAGGACUGAAGCCGGUGCCCAACAAAACUUCUUCUCUCAGCCCCGGGAAACGAAACUAAUGCCCGUUGAGCGCCCUCCACAAUACUGUGAACUGUCGGAUUCACAGGACUCGUCGUCCUCAGACCAGUCAGAAAGCAGCUAUGAUUCAAGUAGUACAGAUGGUAGUUCUACCAUUAAACGCACCAGGUCCUCUGAGGAAAAGGAACCUCUAGCAAAGCGUAGGCGUUUGCCAAUCUACCCAAACGUCGAGACACCCACCUUGCCUACCAGGAGCGUAAGUUUGUCUAAUAACACACCCAAAAGUGUGACGGGAAUGUUGCUGUCCAAAGCUGUGGCAAGCGCGCGAUCAUGUAAUCCGGAUUAUACCAGCGAACAAGAAUCCGAAGACCAGGAAAACAAAGGGAAGGAACAAGUUUUUAAGGAUGAAGUAAGGACGCUUCAAAACUGCAAAAGGACCAAGUGUGAUCACUUGAACACUAGUCCUCCGUAUGCCACGACUUUUCCGGAAAAGAGACGUUAUGGUCUUGUUAUUAGCAAUAAAGACCAAAAGGCAGAGGAUGUAGACCUCAAAGCUAUUAUGGAGCACUUCUUUGAUGUAUUCGGAAAGGUUUCUGAGCAAGCUUUAAACUUUUCGAACUGUACGGCUAUGGCCAAAUUCUGUUCAAAUCUUUUAAUUGUUUGUGAAGAUGAACCCACUGUAAAAUGGGUGAUGAGUGCGGUCGCCGGCGUUACACCGCCCCACUCCUGCCUUUCGUUCAUCAAAUUUUUCGGACUUAUACGAACCUCCUUUGUUCUUCCUUUGAUAGUAGUAGGAAAGCCUCUGAGCUCUAUUUUUGAGCUGCUGGAAACGCAAAAUUGUGGACUUGUCACCAGCAAAUGGACCGUUGUGGCUCGAAAAUUGUUGGACCCUAGCUUAGAUAAUUAUAGCCUCAAAGCCGUUUCAGUUCUUUGUGACAACGAGCAGAUCGAAGUGUAUAUAGAUGAAGAAAGUAAAAAGAUAAUUGUGGAAAACUCUGGACAUAUUAACUAUUGCUUUUGGAAAUUACGUUUUCAAUUUGCAUGCUAAAACGAUGUUAGAUCAAAAAGCAUAUUUUUCAAACUGAGAAUUAUCAAAUUUAGCUUUAAGUUGUUUUGUUUUGAAGUUAUUUAUUUGAAGUGUAAAUAAAAUCGUCUAAAAAAUA